CUAAAGGACUACGGAAUAUAAAACGUAGGCAGCGAUGACCGGUGAGGCCACACUUGUCGUAGUCAGCGUCGUCCAUGGUGCUGCCACGUGGGGGCCGGGCGUGCCGUCCUCUCUGCAGGGGGCUGUCGGGCGUCGGGCCCGCAGGAUCUUGCGCAGGCUCUCCAGGUCGAUGACCUUGAGCUCGCCAGUGGCCUCGUCCGCCACCAGCAGGUUGCCGUAGUGGUAGUCGUUGUGCGUCACGCCCAGGGCGUGCAGCCCAAGCAU